AUGGUCUUGAUUCAGCUCAAUAACCAAAUCUUACAGAGAAUUAAUAACUACCAAGCGCUUGACAAAGUUAUAUUGUCAAUCAACAACGUUGAAAUCACACUUACUAAAUCAUUUGCAGUUGCAAUUUCUCAAACUUUUUACUCUCAAUAUUUAUUAGACAAUAAUAUUGCUAAAAUUGAUAUUCUUACAGAUAUAAAAUCACCCGAAACGUAUAAUGUAUUAAAAGACAUUCUUCAAUACAAUAAAACGGAUAUUGAAUGUGAUGAAACAAUUUUGAAGGACCUUUUCCAUAUCGGCAUUACUCUUGAAAUGCACGAACUCACUAAUUUAUAUAAAAUGCAUGUUAUUGACAAAAUGAAAAUUGAUAACAAUAAUUGUGUUGAUUUACUUGAAUUUUAUUACGAUAUUUCUUCACAGGAAAAUAUUAUUGAAUGCAUUAAAUAUAUAUCAUCACAUUUCUAUGAGAUUGAUUCAAAUAAACUCAAAUUAAUUUCGAACAAACUUGGAACUGACAUUUUGCAGCAAAUAUUUAGCAGCAAUGAACUUGUGUUUAAAGAUGAAGAUUCAUUAGCUAACUUUGUUAUUUCUUUAACAAAAGAAAACGAAAAAUUAUAUUCAUUGAUUGAAAACAUUCAUUUUGAAUUUUGUAAUGAACAAAUUAUCAAAUCAAUGAAAGAUAUAGUAGAUUCAAAUAACUAUCAAUGUGUUGUUAACUCACUUUCUGAUUCAUUACUAAGAUCCAGAAAUCCUAAAUCUAGUGAUAGAAUUUUAAUUAAAGCAAAUAAUUAUUUCGAAAGCGGAAAUGUUUGCUUCAUCUAUAGAAUCAGGCUCUCUUGA